AGCAGACACGCCGAGCCUGGCCGGGCCGGCGCCAGCCAGUUGUUGAUCAGUGACGGGAGAGGGAGGUUGUGCCGCUCGCUCGCGCUCCAACACGCGCAUGUGUCGUAUCUCCUCUUGAUUGUUUACACGCGUUAUCGACGUUACCAACUAAGCGGAGGAGAGACGCGAGCCAGUGGAGGAGCAGCCGGGCCCAAGGAUCACAGCAGCCGCCAGCAGCCGCCAGCAGCCACCAGCAGCAUCAGCCAGCACCAGCCAGCACCCGCCUCUGUGACAGUGUCCUGGCCAGGAGCUCAAAACGAGAUCACGCCGACGACGGGACUCCCGCCAGGCUCAGGGUGGUGAGGCGGCGCCAUGUCUUUCCUAGACGGCGUAAUGCUGGUGGUGGGGGUUAUCGGGGCUCUGCUGGCCUCCGUGUACUACGCCCUGGAGUCGCUGGUCAUCUCUCUGGUGCCCAGGAAGUUCCGCAGGAAGGAUGUGAAGGGCCAGGUGGCGCUGGUGACGGGCGGCGGCUCCGGCAUCGGCCGCCUGGUCUGCCUCAAGCUGGCCGCCAGGGGCGCCAGGGUCGUCACCUGGGACGUCAACGCAGCAGGCAACGAGGAGACGGUUGGGCAGGUGGCGGCCAGCGGGGGUGAGUGUUACGCCUACACCGUCGACCUGUGUGACCGCAAAGCCAUCUACGCUGUCGCUGCCAAGGUCAAGAGGGACGUCGGCAAGGUGGACAUCCUGGUCAACAACGCCGGCAUCGUCACCGGCAAGAACUUCCAGGAGGCGCCAGACGAACUCAUCCAGAAGACCUUCGAUGUCAACAUUAUGAGUCACUUCUGGACAACUAAAGCAUUUCUUGGAGACAUGCUGGCCUCAAACAAGGGUCAUAUUGUGACUAUUGCCUCUGUGGCUGGUCUUGCUGGUGUUAAUAAACUGGCCGACUACUGUGCCUCUAAGUUUGCUGCUGUUGGCUUUGAUGAGAGUCUUCGUCUUGAGCUGAUGGUGGAAGGCUACACUGGGGUCAAGACCACUGUUAUUUGUCCGUACUACAUCAGCACGGGAAUGUUUGAAGGAGUUAAGUCGAAAGUGAUACCAAUAUUGCAGCCUGAAUUUGUGGCCUCUGAGAUUGUUGACGGCAUCCUCCUGAACAGAGUCAUCGUUGUUUUGCCAUCCUUCUGCCGGAUCCUGAUCCUCCUCAAAUACGUCCUUCCACUCAAAGGCUGUUACCAACUGUACAAAGCAUGUGGGGGUCACCUCACUAUGGAUGACUUCCGUGGUCGCCCUAAAGAAGAUAUUCAGUUGAAAAUAACUGGUACUCAGAAACAAAUGACUGAUAAUCAUAUCAUUGCUUGAAAUCGGUUGUUAAAGUUUCUCUACACACACACACAUGACUAUAAUGUGCAUUAUAUAUAAUAUAUAUUAUAUAUAUAUAAUAUAUAUAAAUAUAUAAUAUAUAAUAUACCUGUAUAUAAUCACAGUAUUAUGUACAUUUAUUAAAUAUCUGUAAAUUUUAAUCAGAUGUUAAUUAAGCUUAUCAUCUGCACAUUUAUCCUCAUGUUAUAUUGCAAUUUUUAUUUUGCAACAUAAUGAUCCUGUAGUGUAGUAGUCUACACCUUCAACUGUGAGCCAAGGAUCCUGGGUUCAAUCCCGAGCAGGACAGAGAUGGUUAGGAAUGUUUUCUUUCUCCUGAUACCUCUGUUCACUUAGCAGUAAAUAAGUAUCAGAUAAUUAGGCAGCUGUUGUGGGUUACAUCCUGGGAAAGGUCAUCAGUAAUUGGCCUAAGGGAAUCUUGAUAAACCAAACAGGCUUCCUGUUCCCAAUUAUAGGAAACAUAUUUACCUGAAUUUACUUGACUUGUGCAAUAUGUUGACAUUUUAUUUGUGGGUUAAACAAAUAUGCACAACUAGGUACCUGUACAUGGAUUUUAUUAUUAUUUUUACAAAAAUACUGUAGCAAUUAUUUAACAAAUGGGCAGUACUGUAUAAUGGAGACAAAUGUGAUAUUUUGAUACUGUACACUUGAGAAACCUGAUGAGCCUUGCAAGGCUCAACUUUUAAAACAAAAAAUAAUAAUUAAUAAUAAAUAAUAAUACAAAAA